CGGCGGGCGGCGCGCGGGCGCGGGGCUGCGUCCGGUUGGGCGCGCGGCGGGGCGCGGGGGGACCAUGAGCUGCCUCACGGUGCCCGGCGUCCAGCCCGGCUCGCCCGGCCGGCCCCGCGGGCAGAUCCAGGUGAUCUUCGGGCCCAUGUUCUCCGGGAAGAGCACGGAGCUGAUGCGGCGGGUGCGGCGGUUCCAGCUCGCCCAGUACCGGUGCCUGCUGGUGAAGUACGCCAAGGACACGCGGUACGGCACCGCCGGCGUCUCCACGCACGACCGGAACACCAUGGAGGCGCUCCCCGCCUGCCUCCUCAGGGACGUGUACCAGGAGGCGCUGGGCUCCACGGUCAUCGGCAUUGACGAGGGACAGUUCUUCCCAGACAUUGUGGAUUUCUGUGAGAUGAUGGCUAAUGCUGGGAAAACUGUCAUUGUUGCUGCUCUCGAUGGAACUUUCCAGAGAAAGGCUUUUGGGAGCAUCCUGAACCUGGUCCCGCUGGCUGAGAGCGUGGUCAAGCUGAACGCUGUCUGCAUGGAGUGCUACCGAGAGGCCUCCUACACAAAGAGGCUGGGAGCAGAGAGGGAGGUUGAAGUGAUCGGAGGAGCAGACAAAUACCACUCCGUCUGCCGAGCCUGCUACUUCAGGAAGCGGCCUCAGCAGCCCGGGUCAGACAACAAAGAGAACGUGCCCAUGGGGGUGAAGCAGCUGGACGUGCCUGCCGCCCGAAAGAUCUUUGCUUCUUGAUUGCUGGGCUUCGGCAUGGGGGGGUGGGGGGGAACGAGGGAAGAAGCCAAAUGCUGUGGCUCCCAGACUUCAGAUAUGGCUUCCCCUGCUUUUAGCAAAACUGUAAAGUGUCAUAGCUCUGCCUGCUAAACCAGGCUGCGGUUCCUCUGCGCCAAGUGCCAGGGCCAGCUGGACCUGAUGCCAGGGGGGAGCUGACGACAGAGUCUGACUAAAAGGGAGUUCCUUUCUCAGAGCACGGAAAAGAGUUUUAAUGACUGAUGCUGCCACACAAACAGGUACUGGAAAGCUGCCGCGCUGAGCCAGGCUGCAGGGCAUUGGUAGCUUGUCAUAGCUGUGGUCUGCUUGCCUAGACCCUGCAUGCGUUCAGACUGGCCACUGGUAGCUGGGUCACUUGCCUGUGGACACAACCAUUUCUUUCUCUCUUGUGUGCUGUUGCUAAAUUCCAGGUUUCUUAAGACAAUGUACAGUAACUUAGUAUCUGAAACCCACUUCCUUUCUAAUGUAGUCUGAGGAGAUGACCCUUUCCUUGCCAUAGAGCUGUGGCACAACUUCAACUGACACACACAGCAGCAGCCUGGCCCUCAACAGUCUCUUAACAAUUGUGUGCAGCUUGCCGUUACACUUGCUGGAGAUGUCUUGCAAGUUUUUUGAAAUAGAAGAGGGGAGAAGGAAGGCUUGACUUGACAGCCUGACUUCUAGGCUCUUUCUAGCCUUUGAGGUUAAGAAGUGUGGAGUCUAGUAAUAGUCUACCUGUUAAAACAGACUCCUUUUGAAAUACACCACUUCAGGAAGAGUCACCUCUCUAAAAUCAGGGCUUUUUGCUCAAGUGCUGCCACUUCACAAUGCUUAGUUAUCUGUGGAGGGUUUGGAAGCUCAGGACUUAAUUUGUAAAGGAUUGGGCUACAGUUACUGUAAAGAUCCAGCUACCUGGAAAAGGGUCUCUACUUUGAGUAGAUGGUUCUUGACUCUAGGUCACAUACCCAGCUCCCUCCUGAGCCUUCCAAAAAUUUGAGCCUGAUGCUUCCUUUGCUGUAACAUAACUGAAGGAUCUUCUUCCUUCUUCCCCGCUUUGCUUGACUCAGCUUCUGGAAGUUUUUUUUUUUUUUUUUUAAACUUCUCAUAAAAGUGCUUUUUCUUGUAAGUCAGAAUCCUUAAGCUCCAAGCAAUAGCUCUCGGUUCUGGUCAGGCUGAUUUGGUCAGAUCUCCAUGCUCAAAUAGACUCCUCUCUCCAGUGCUUGUUUACUUACACACUAGUGAGCAGGAGGCGCCUGCCAAGUUAGGUUCAAGAGAUGCCUGAAAUCUCUCUUGCUCUGCAUGACUUGAAGCAAUUAGAGCUUUAGUAUUCACAAGCACUUCACUGCCAGGCCUGGGAUUUCCCCUUAAGGACGAGGGGAGGCAGUAGUACUACUGUUCUGGGUUAAUAAAUAACGAAACUGCC